AUGUCGUCACCGUUCAUCGGGCUCAAUGUGAAGAUCACAUUACAUUCUCGGCCAGGCUCAUCGCUACAUUCCAAGAUUCUCUCCAUCGAUCAGGCUUCCAACACUCUCACAGUACAGAAGCAAGACGGCUCCCAGGCUGUGCUGAAGCGCACCGACAUUGCUAGCCUUGCUGCGAUCAAAUCCGUCGAGCCCACGACGAAGUCAGCCUCCUCGUCUCCGGCAUCUGGCAACCCUACCCGAAAUGACACCGCAACACCGUCAAAGUUGCUAGGUAAAGCAAAGAACCACAACGACGCUGAACAUGCUUCGUUUCCAAGCAAGCCUGCAGUCGCAGCGCUUGCAUCUUCUGAUCCUGCUAUCAUGUCUUUAAACCGCUCAAAUGACGCUACCGCUACUUCGACAGAGCAUCACUUUGCUAACCACCUUCUAGCACCGUUGCAAGGCUCUGAUCCAGCCGGAUCCCGAUCCUCCACUCCCUCUCGCUCUCGCUCACCUCGACCCAAACCCGCUGCUGCUGUUCAAACGCCCAAGCCAGCCAAGAAGAAGCAAGCAGCAGUCUCUAUCUCGCGCGGUAGCAGCCCUGCCAUUCCCAAUGCAGCGCUUUCAGACGAGUUCGACUUUUCUGCAGGUCUCAAGGCAUUCGACAAGAAGAAGAUUUGGGACGACAUUCGUGCCUCUGACCACACAGAUCCUGCCUCACUGCUCGUGUCUCACAAUCGUAUCGCGAAUGCUCCAAUCGAGCUCGUUCGUGGUCCAAAUGGAGUGGGUCCCGCUAACUCAGUCUCGACACCAGACCGCGGAAGGACCAGCGUCAAAGAUGGACAGCAGAAGCUGAGGCCGAACGAGAUGGUUUGCAGUCCCUCCCCCGAGCAUGUACCUUCCCCCAAUCCAUGUCCCUCGAUUGCUACCGCCAAACCUGCUCAGUCUACGCAAACUGCUGCUUCUGUACAGCAGGCAACCGCACUUGUCGUUGCAAGCAUCCCCAACAAGCCUACCUAUGAGCAGCUGGAGGAGAGGGUUCGUAAGCUCGAAGCCGAGCUCGCACUCGCAAGAAGACGUAAUACAUUGCUUGAAGAACUUGCAGGUUUAGGACUUGGCGUCCCCACACGUGCUGACGCAGCUUCGGACUUCUCCAAGCCUUUAGUUGUAUCGCCGCCUGUUCAGCCGAACACUGACAAGCCAGCCACGGACGCUGCUGUCGCUACUGUUGAAAAGGAUCUUUCCAACAUGUCACUGCAGUCUUCAUCCACUCUACCGGCUGCUAUCAUGGCUUCCGCCCAGGAGCAGCGCUCAUCUACUUCCGCAUCUCUCUCGGACGCUCUUGCAGCUGCAGGCUUCAACGUCUCAAGCCAAACACCGUCGGCUGCUUCCACGCCUGCACCUGCAACCCCAUCGUCGAUUUCAGCUCCUAUCUUCACCGCACCCAAGGACGCAGCUGCAGAAAAGGAAGAGCCGCUCUUCGGUCACAUCAUCGAUCCGCCCGUGCUGACGCUACUCUUCCCGACUGCCGCACUGCAGCAUGCUGCUCUUGCACGCAUGGAAGCGUUCUACGAAUCCGACUCCAAAGCGAGAAGCUAUCUCACUCUGCAGCAGGCAGCCGACGAACGCAUCUGCCGCAACUACCAAGGCUUCAACUUCCCUGUCCGUCAGGGUGUGCAGGAAUGGCUCGAUGCCAUGUACGAAGCUACUAGUCUGGACGAUGCUAGUGAUGACACGGAUGUGCCCAAGUGGUGGGCACCGCACUGUUCGAAUGAGGAGAACCAAUUGCUUGAUGUGCUUGUCUCUCUCGGCGCAAUUUCUCCUUACGAAGGCGCUUCAUCCCGCAGCGAGGACAGCGAGACCGGCAACAUUAAAUACGUCAUCUCGUGCGUCGCAUCGCAAGCUCACUCGACGCUGCCGCACGAGCUCCUCCAUGCGCUUUACUUCCUCUCCGCCCCUUACCGCAGCUUUGUCACUCGUCAAUACGCUUCGCUCUCUUCCGCCAACAAGAAGGUCAUUGAGACCGAUCUUGGCAUGCGCAAGUAUUCUCCCUCUGUGUUUGAGGACGAGUUCCAAGCCUACCUCGCCGAAGGAUUAGGAACGGAGAAGGAGUUCGGCAACAAGCCGGCAGCAGAGUGCAAAAACAUUGCUGAUGCGUUGAGGGCUCAGGUGUCGAAAGAGUGGAAGAAGUUGGGCCUGGACUUGGAAGGUGGCAAGCAGCAGGAGAAAUGGGAAGAUGUCAAGUGGCAGACACUCGAUAGAUACGCUGCUGUGCAGAAGGCGAACAAGAAGAAGAAAGCUGAGGGCUCCUCGGCAGGUAGCCCAGCGAAAGUCAAGAGUGGGAAGAAGAGCAAGAAGUGA